CCCCGGAUUCCUCCUUGUUUCCUUGCAUUCCGCCUUCCCCACUUUCUCUUUUGCCUUUGCCUUUGUCGCCGCGAGACAGCACUGCACAAUUUGUACCAUUGGCAUUUGGCCUAUUGCGACCGCCCCCUCCGAUCCCAUUCUGCUUGUUGUCCUUGGUCGCUCGUUCGCUCGCCCGUUCUCUUUCUUUCUCCCUUCACCAUCAUCUUCUCUUCCAGGCCCCUCGCCAAACCCAACCCGGUCUCAGCAUCAGCGCACAAAGAGCCGCCUAUCCUCUGUUGACGCUCCCUGGCCUGACUGUCGCUCUCCGCUCACACAUCUAUCUCUGCCAACGCUUUCGUCGAAAUCCGUCUUGACUCGCCUGCCCGUAAAAAGAGGCUCACGCAUUUCUCACCAGCACCUGUUUUUCUCCGCCCCUUUGCUCUGCCUACAGCCGCUGUAUCACCAUGAUCUAGAGGACUCGUGGAUUCCGCUUAAUUUCGCUCUUGCAAUUUUUAUCGCAUUCGUUUGUUGUUUCCCAUAUCGGCCAUCCAACCGCCAGCAUCCACACCACCACCAAUACUAGGAGAGCCAGCUCUUACUUCACCCAACAUGGAGUGUUCGAGUCCGCUGUCGUCCGUCGGCACAAACUCUCCGCCUCUGUCGCCACGCCCAUCCCUUUUCAACGCUUUCCUCGACAGCCCGUGCAGUCGAUCGUCUUCACCCCCAGAAUCCAUGACUUCGAGUACCUCGGGCUCUAAGCGCAGGGGCCAACUGGAUGGCUCGCAUUCUGGAGACAGCGACCGCGACCGCCCCGCCAAGAAAAGGCGUACUGUAACACCAAAGGAGCGCACUACCGAAUACCUCGAUCUGCUCAAAUCUGAGGAUGAAUACACUGAACAAGACCGCCUGCAAAUGGACCGCUUGACGGCCGAACUUCGUAAGAAGAAGAAGAUUGUCGUUAUUGCUGGUGCCGGCAUGUCGGUCUCGGCAGGUAUCCCUGACUUCCGUUCUUCCAAUGGCAUGUUUGCCCAGGUUAAGAAGCAGCACAACGUCAAAUCCUCGGGCAAACAUUUGUUUGACGCCUCGGUGUAUAAACACGACUCAUCCACUCAGUCAUUCCAUAAUAUGGUUCGUGAAAUGGUCGCCAUGUCCAAAAACGCAAAGGCUACGCCAUUCCACCAGCUGCUUGCAUCCUUGGCCAAGGAGGGCAGAUUAUUACGGCUCUAUUCACAAAAUAUUGACUGCAUCGAUACCAACCUCCCGCCGCUUGCCACAAAGGUUCCACUAAACCUCAAAGGUCCUUGGCCUGCCACAGUUCAACUGCAUGGCGGGCUGGAAAAUAUGGUCUGUACAAAGUGUGGUGAGCUUUCACCGUUUGAUGAAUCUCGUUUUGACGGUCCUGAGGCGCCGCUCUGUAAGACGUGCAAAGAAAACGACGCUGUUCGCACCCACUUUGGUGGUAAACGAAGUCACGGCAUCGGCCGCCUUCGACCUCGCUUCGUUCUUUACAACGAGUUUAACCCUGACGAAGAAGCCAUUGGGAAUGUUUCAAGUGCAGAUCUGCGCGCUCGCCCGGAUGCCGUCCUUGUUGUUGGAACUACACUCAAGGUACCAGGGACCCGCCGACUAGUAAAGGAAUUGUGCCAAGUCACGCGUGGCCGACGGGAUGGCUUCACAGCCUGGAUCAACCCAUCUCCUGAGCCCAAGGGUAUCGACUUUAAGGAUUGCUGGGAUCUUGUUGUCAAGGCCAAGUGCGAUGAUGUUGCUAGUCUCGUCCAGCUUCCUCCGUGGGAUUGCGAGAUUGGUGAUGACUACCUUAUGCCCAAAGAAGGCGCUUUCAAAUCCAAUAUCGAGGUAUCCUUGACUAGCAAAUCAUCCUCAUCCAGCCCUGAGCAGGAAGAGGUCAAACAGCAAAUUAUAUCAGAGCUGCAAGCUAUUCCUACGCCUCGACCCAGUCCGAAGCCAGCCGCCGCCGCCAAAGCUACCACAACAACAAAACAGGCCACCCUCUUUGGCAAAUCGCAGCCGGCAGACAAGACCGUCAAAGCCAACAAGCCACGUGCUCGCAAGCCUAAGCAGCCUGUUAAGAGCAGUGCUACUCCCAAGCCCUUGCCUAUGCCAUUCAAAUCUGUCAAAAAUCUUGUCAGCCGUGCAUCCGAUGGCAAAAUCAUGGAAAAGGCGAACCUGGCUACUAAUACGUCUCCUAUCUGCGUUUCCUUGCCGCUUGGUUCAGAUACCAAUGCCGCAAAGCUCCCUUCAACACCGGAAAAGGGUGUACCUUUAAAAGAGACCAUAUCCCCAUCCUCGAUGCCAACCAACAUGAGCCACAUUAUCGACGCUUAGAGGCUCCAAUUACCGCUAUCAUUUGUUUUAAAACCUUGGUGUCCACUUCACAGCACGGGUGGAUAGCAGAAUUCAUCCUCAAGGAGUUUUGAUUUGUUUUUGCUUUUCUUUUCUUUUCAAGCGAUAUGCUCACUUUGGCGUAUUGGUGUUGAUGGCGGCCUUGUACAAAAGGAUUUGAGAAUUCAGGACUGGAGUUUGUAGGCGUUUACUACAUGUAGGGUGCUCCGCUGCGAGAGGCCGCGUAGAGCUUUAAUUAAUCGGUCAAAGGCCUUCUUAUUUCUCAAU